AUGGCCGAGCUGUCGCUGCCCGCCGGGCUCAACGCCAGCACCUUCCCCGCCAGGCUGUGGCGCCUGGUGAACAGCCCCUGCGUCCGCUCCGUGCGCUGGGACAGCCAAGCCCAGGGGCUGCUCAUCGACCGUUCGCUCUUCGAGCGAGAGCUGCUCAGCCAGGCUGAUGCCCAAGGGGGGCGCGGCGAAGGGUUGGGGGCAGCCCUGGACACUUUUCAAGCCACGCACUUUAGCAGUUUUGUGCGCCAGCUCAACCUCUACGGCUUCCAAAAGGUGCCAGGCUGGGUUGGUGCGGCUGUGCAGGGCGAUGCCAGGGGCUGGCUCCACUUCAGGAAUCCCAACUUUCGCCGUGACCGCCCCGAUCUCCUCCUCCAUAUCAAGCGCCUGACCAGGGCCAACAGGCAGCGGCUGGCAGCAGGGCUGGAGGUGCGCAGCCGCCCGCCCAGCCGCUUCCAGCAGCUCCACACGGACCGGCCGCUGCCCGCCUCCGCCGCCGCGCAGCCGCCCAGAGCCGCACUCUCAUACCAGGACCUUGGUGCUGCCUCACCUAAGGAUUCAGAGCUGCCUCCAGGCCCUUUCAGACAAAGUCCAGGUCCUCAGGAGUCUGACGUUUUCCUAGCAUCUCCCAAGAAAGUGGUAGCCACAUCCAGACUUCCUGGGGUUUCAUCAGAAGAACCAGGCACACGCAAAUUUCAGCUCAAGCGUGAGCUCAUCAUUCCGCUGGUUCGCAUGGACCUUAAACGCCACCCUGAGCUCAUUGUUCCGCUGGUUCCGAUAGACCAUCACAGCACUUCCAUGGCCACUCCACAGAGCAGCAGCUGCACAUCUUCAGAGCAGCACUCGCCAGCUAGCAACCCAUCAGCCACACCGGGCAUUUCAGCCCACGGUGCUCCAGCUUGCAGUGCUACUUAUGCAGCAUGGACAGCCCCCAGCUGGGUCUGGAAUACUCCUGGUGAGGAGGAAUUGCCACCACUGGAUCUGGACCUUGUGCUUGAGACACUGGAGGAGAUGCUUUCACCCUGCCUGCCUGAAAGGUCUCCCUCUGCUCAGGACAAUAUUAGUGUUUCCCCUGAGUCUUCAGGAGGAGAGCCUGUUAACAAGACUGCAGCAGAGGGAGCUCUGCCUGGUGCCGUGAGCUACAGGAGCAGUUCCCAGGAGCCCAAGGAGCUUGAUAUCCAUCUGAUCUACCUUGCCAGGAGGGCUGCCCUGCAUGGGAAGAAGGACCAGAGGGAGAGCCUGUGACCAUCGGGGAGGUGGAAUCCCUCUGUUUAUAGAUUUCUAUAUUUAGAGAUUUCUAUCGUUUUAUUUAUAUAUCUAUAUAGUUACAUUUAUAGAUUAGUAGAGUUGUGUUUAUAUGUGCAUAUAUUUAUACAUUUAUAUAGUUAAAUCUAUAUAUAUAGUUAUAGAUGUGGUAGAAUUAUAUUUAUAUGUAUGUAGUUACAUUUAUACAUUUCCAGGUUUACAUUAUAACUAAUAAUAGAGUCAUUUAUAUUUAUAUUUAUAUUUAUAUUUAUAUUUAUAUUUAUAUUUAUAUUUAUAUUUAU